UUCUCCUCCUUCUUCACAAUCUUCUGUUGGUGGACGAGGACUGUUAAGAAGCUGAAAUUAUCGAAAGCCCUAACUAUUCCCGAGGGAACUAUUGUCUCCGAUGCUUGUCGCCGGAUGGCCGCUCGCCGUGUUGAUGCUGUUUUGUUGACCGAUGCUAAUGCUUUAUUAUCUGGAAUUGUUACCGACAAGGAUAUUGCCACUAGAGUUAUAGCUGAUGGUUUGAGACCGGACCAGACAAUUGUUUCUAAAAUCAUGACGCGCAAUCCUAUAUUUGUCACUUCGGAUUCGUUAGCCAUUGAAGCUCUCCAGAAAAUGGUUCAAGGAAAGUUCAGGCAUCUCCCUGUUGUUGAAAAUGGUGAGGUUAUUGCCAUACUGGAUAUUACAAAGUGCCUCUAUGAUGCCAUUUCUAGAAUGGAGAAGGCUGCUGAACAGGGGAGUGCUAUCGCUGCUGCAGUUGAAGGUGUGGAACGCCAGUGGGGAAGCAAUUUUUCUGCCCCACUUCCAUUCAUUGAAACUUUGAGGGAGAAGAUGUUCAAGCCUUCCUUGUCUACCAUCAUUGCUGACAAUACCAAAGUUGCCAUUGUGUUGCCAUCUGAUCCUGUUUAUGUUGCUGCAAGAAAGAUGCGGGAAUUGCGGUGCAACUCAGUUAUCAUUGUUACAGGAAAUAAAAUUCAGGGAAUACUAACUUCGAAGGAUAUCCUUAUGCGAGUUGUGGCACAAAAUCUUUCUCCUGAGUUGACUUUAGUGGAAAAGGUAAUGACAUCAAACCCGGAAUGUGCAACGCUAGAAACGACAAUACUUGAUGCAUUGCAUACAAUGCAUGAUGGGAAGUUUUUACAUCUUCCAGUUGUAGAAAAAGAUGGAUCUGUUGCAGCCUGCCUAGAUGUUUUGCAGAUAACUCACGCAGCAAUUUCUAUGGUAAAUUUCUUUCAUUCUGAUGCAAUGACUAUAGGGUCUAAAUAUGUAUUGCCUAUAGUAGAGGAAAACAUGCCAAAGUUCCUGUGCAGGUUAACAAAAUUAAAAGGAAUAGCUUUAGUUCUCAACUUAGUGAUCAUUAAUGAUGCUGUGAAAUGA